AAACCCCUCUUCUCUGAUUCCUUAUAUCCGAUUCCUUUCAUUCCACAAAUAGCAAUAAUCAAAAUUAGAUGAAGCUGGAGAUGGAAAUAACUUCAGCAGUUCUACAGCUGCUGCUGCUGGCGGCGGCGGCGGCGGCGGUGGCCGAAGCAUCGCCGACGUCAUCAACAACACUUGCUAACAAUUACAGACGUAACCUCCUUGCCAAUGGUCUUGGCAUCACUCCUCCCAUGGGGUGGAAUAGCUGGAAUCACUUCAGUUGCCAUAUAGAUGAAAAUAUGAUCAAAGAGACUGCUGACGCCAUAGUUUCAACCGGUCUUCAUAAACUUGGUUAUACCUAUGUUAAUAUAGAUGAUUGCUGGGCGGAAAUAUCUCGUGAUGCGAAGGGUAAUCUUGUGGCGAAGAAGUCCACAUUUCCAUCUGGCAUUAAAGCUCUGGCUGAUUAUGUCCAUGGCAAAGGUCUUAAAUUAGGAAUUUACUCAGAUGCAGGGUAUUUCACAUGCAGCAAAACAAUGCCGGGAUCUCUUGGCCAUGAAGAACGAGAUGCUAAGACAUUUGCUUCAUGGGGCAUUGAUUAUUUGAAGUAUGAUAAUUGUUUCAAUGAUGGUACAAAACCAACUGUAAGGUACCCUGUAAUGACUCGUGCACUUAUGAAGGCAGGUCGACCUAUUUUCUUCUCGCUUUGUGAAUGGGGAGACCUGCAUCCUGCACUUUGGGGUGCCAAGGUAGGAAAUAGCUGGAGAACCACCGGUGACAUUUCUGAUAAUUGGGAAAGUAUGAUGUCAAGAGCAGACAUGAACGAGAUUUAUGCUGACCUUGCAAGGCCUGGUGGUUGGAAUGAUCCUGACAUGCUCGAGGUCGGUAAUGGAGGGAUGACAAAAGAUGAAUACAUAGUCCACUUCAGCAUUUGGGCAAUGUCCAAGGCACCCCUUCUUAUCGGUUGUGAUGUGAGGAAUAUGACAAAAGAGACGGUUGAAAUUAUUACCAAUAAGGAGGUUAUUGCCGUUAACCAAGAUUCACUCGGUGUUCAAGCUAAGAAGGUUAGAAUGGAAGGUGACCCCGAGUCUGUUAAUUUGGUUAACCAGAUUUGGGCAGGGCCUCUGUCAGGCUACAGAGUAGUUGUUCUAUUGCUCAACCGAGGGCCAUCGCCCAAUUCCAUUACUGCCGAAUGGGAGGACAUUGGACUUCCCUCGAAUACUGUUGUUGAAGCAAGAGAUCUGUGGGAGCACAAGACACUUAAGACGCAUUUCGUGGGGAACCUUACAGCAACAGUUGAUUCACAUGCGUGCAAGAUGUAUAUCUUAAAGCCAAUCUCAUAGAGUUAAAACAGCAAUACCUCUGCCAUUUUGUAACACAGAAUUGGAAAAUAAAAAUACCCAUAGCCAAAAAGUUUCCAUUUGUAGUAUCAGAACAUUUGGGUAAAAAUUAUGAGAUAACGUCAAAUUAAUAAAAAUAAUUCAAAAGCAAUUAUAUUAAAAAAAAUCAUUAUUAAUAUAACAAUAACAACUAUAUACAUAUUUAUUGACUA